GUGAACGAGGUGCGGCUGCUGGCCUCGCUGUCACACCCCAACGUGGUGGUGUUCAAGAGCAGCUUUGUGGAGGAUGGCUGCCUGAAUGUCAUCAUGGAGGUGGUGGCACAUGGCGACCUGUCAGCGGUCAUUGAGCAGCACCGCAAGGACGGCCGCCGCAUCUCAGAAGACACAGUCUGGGGCUACCUGCUGCAGGCGCGCAGCUGGGCUGGGGGCGGCGGGGGGUGCCGGGCCUUGCCAGGCCCUGCUCUCACUGCACACCUGCACGACUCAGGCAUCAUCCACCGCGACGUCAAGCCCGCCAACAUCCUGAUUGGGCGGGACGGUGUGCUGAAGAUCGCCGACCUUGGCGUGGCCGGCCUGCUGCACAUGGGCAGCAGCAAGCUGCAGAUUGGCACGCUGCAGUACAUGGCCCCCGAAAUGCACGCUGGGCUGGACUACAGCUACGCGGCCGACGUGUGGAGCCUGGGCUGCCUGGUGUACGAGCUGUGCCAGCUGGAGCCGCUGUUUGGGGACCGAGAGGAGGAGGUGGUGGCGAGGAAGGUCCGCGGCCUGCUGCUGCCUCCCGCCAUCCCGGCCAAGUACUCUCCCGAGCUGCAGAUCAUGGUGAACCGCAUGCUGCAGCAGGACCCCAAGGCGCGGCCCAGCUUGGGCGCCAUC